CACAAACAGCUGAACACUUUGCAGGAGAGCCAGCAGUGAGCGAGCACAAUAAGGACAGAGACACUGUGGGAGACAGACUCAGGAACAACGGUGCAGCCAAGGAGACGGCUGAAACACUCUCCUUCAAAUCCCGCCACUGCAGAGAAGGAGAGCACAGAAGCAACAAAAGCAUUCUUUGCUUUCAGCCGAAAAGCAAAAGAAAAAGCUAACAAUAAGCGGGGCUGGAUCAUUCACUUUGGAGCAGAAAUUGAAGGAGAAAGGCGUGAAAGCGCUGCAAGAAAAUCAGUGCAGCUUCUUCCAGCUCAUCUGAAGUGUUGUAGAGCUGCAUGAAGGAUCCAUCCAGCUGGGUCCACAAGAAGCAGGAUGAGAGCGACUCUGAGGAUCACAGGGCUUCUAGUUCUGAGUUCUCUGUUUUCCAGCAUCUGUUCAGAUGAAAGUUCAAACUUUACAACAUCGUCGACCAUUGACUCUUUUGAAUCAGCUGCUGUUCUCAGCAAAGCUCCAGGAAGCACAGAAGCACCACUGAAUACAACCGUUCCCGCGACGACACAGAAACCAACUGACACUGUUGACACGGUUACAUCCAUCAAAGCAGCUGUAACUACAGCUCCGGCUGUCACAGAUGUCCUGACACCGACUCCUGGAAGUGCCACUCUUCCUCCUGCGGUGACCUCAGGCCUUCCUACCACUGAAGCCGCAUCUACUCGGCCACCCCCCACAUUUCCUUCAGUACAAACGACCAGCCAACAGGAGAACAUGACCACAGGGCGCGGUGAGGCCGAAGUGACAGCUGGAGUGACAGCUGGAGUGACUGGAGGAUUCAACACAAAGCCCACCACCAUGAUCACAACGACCCUCAGACCUGAAUACUCCAACCGUUCAGGAGAGAACCACACAGAAGGCAGCAGAGCACCAGCCACAACAACAGCCCCUACAGCACCACCAUCUGAAGCCCCACCCCCACCUGUGACCACACCCUCCACCACCACCACCACCAGUCUGGCAAAGACAGAACCAGCCAAAACACAGGCGUCACACACCCUAGCUGACACCGAGCCUCUGCCGAGCGUCGGCCCGGGCACCACGGCACCAGCCUCGUCCCACACGUUUGAUUUUCCUCCACCAAGCGGGCAGCUGGAGAAAAAGGAGCAGAAAGUUCUGGGAGAGGUGUGCAAGCGGCUGUUCCCAGACUGGAGGAGUGGAACCUGUAGUUUCAAGUGGCGCCAACAAAACGGCGGCAUAGUGUUCGACAGGAUCGAAAUUAUCGUGAACAGCAGCCUCGCAGCCAACUACUAUGAGGAGAUCACCAAGCCCAGAGACAACAAAACACUUAUCGCCAUCUUGGCCUCCUGUGGCUCCCUGCUCAUCAUGAUCAUCAUCCUGGCGGUGUGCGCCUCACACCACCGCAGACCUUACAGUGAGAACCAGCAACAUCUGACUGAGGAGCUGCAGACGGUGGAGAACGGUUACCAUGACAACCCCACUUUGGAAGUGAUGGAGGUGCAACCAGAGAUGCAGGAGAAGAAAGUGGCAUUGAACGGCGAGUUCAACGACAGCUGGAUCGUCCCCAUUGACAACCUGUUGAAGGAGGAGAUCCUUGACGAGGAGGACACCCACCUGUGAGGACCACACCGGGACACAGUCGCCACUGCGGCAGGAUGCCCCGCCCUUGCAUUCUGUCAUGUAGACAUAAACCAAGAGGACAUAAAGCCGCUCUGCUCUCCGUCAGAGGAGGCUCAGAAACAAUCUGUGUGAAUUUUUUGAGGUUUUUUUCUUCUUUUUUUUUGUUUAUAUUAAUUCUGGGUCUGCUUUGUAAAAAGGGGUGCAUGUUCUCCCUUUCUGCACUAAGAGCAGGACAGACAUGGUCAUUAACAAGUUGAAUGCAGGAGUGUGUAGCUGUCAGACUGAGGCUCAGACACCUGACAGCAUCCUUGUCUUUUUAAAGCCCAAACUGACCUACAUCAGAAGACUGAGGCCAAUAGUAGCACCUCAAAGGCUUAUUAUGUAAGAAACAGAGGGUGCUGACUGCAGUCAAAAAUUAUAAAGGCAAUCAAUUCUUUAUUUUGGGCCAAAAGGCCUUCUUCAAACUCAGUUCAUCUGUCACAAAGAUCUUGCUCUGAUCCUAUGAAUUGUUUUUACAAAUAAAUAUGAAUCCAACAAUUCAAAUGUUAAAGGAAAUGCAGGUCCCACCCAACAAAACUAAGGAGUUUAGUGUCAUUGAUGAGAAAGCCGCUGCGUGGAGGUUGUAGAAGCUUCUGGACAAAUCAAGUUCUCUAGUCAGGAGACAAAUUCCUAAUUUUCCAGAGGAAUUGAUGUUUUUCUGCUGCAAAGCAGGUAAACUAGUUGAGACCGUCAACUAUUAUAUUUACUGAAUUUUUUGACGAAAAACUUGCCUGGAUUCUUAUCCAGGCAAGUUUUUUAAAGCAUCAUCAACCUUCAUGCUCACUUUGUAUCCAAAAGGCUUUGCUCAUUUAAGUCCCAGUCCCAUUAUCUUCUGAUCUAUUUUAAGUGUCCCUAGUUAAUGACGAUGAUGCCGUUUUUAGCUAAAAUCAAAAACCUCUCUCAUUUUCUAGGACUUAGUUUCUGCAGAGCGGCAGGAGUUCAACAGAAAUUCACCUCCGAGUUGUGGGCGGGACUGUAAGCCCACCCCCACUUAGCAUCUAUUUACAUGCUCUCCUGCUAGCUAACCAGCCCUCCCACCCCAACCUAACAUCAGCGGUGCAUAAAAAACGGGGAGCGAUAUCAGAGCUAUCCAGCUGUACAGUUUAGAUUCCAGAUUCUAGCUCAGACAAGGAAAACAGAGACGUUCAUGGAUCUAUUUGCCUGCAGGUAGAUCCAUCCGAAUGAAGACUUUGGCCCCACCCAGCAUAUUAUGUUUAAAAAAAAAUCGUCUGCCUCUGAUUCACUCCUGAAACACUCAGAAAUGAAGUUUUAAUCUUUUUCCUCCAUCAUCAGAAAAAUGCCAGAAGAUCAGGUGAAAAACAGCAAAAACAACAUUUUCAUCAGAGUGGGUCUUUGGGAUUCGGGUUCAUCAUCAGAGUAGAUAAACAGAAAAUGGAAGUCAGGAUUCAGGAUGUUCCAUAGCAGCUCUGCUCCUUCAGAGUAAAGGAUGGUGUAGAACUGAGGUGUGAAAAUGUUCAGAGGAGAUGGUGGGCAUUUAAAGCUGGAUGAAGAACAGCAAGUCCUGAACUUGAGCUACAUACCUCAGAACCGGAUCACCAGUCACAUGGGAACCAAACACUGUCACAGAAAAUAAUCAUAUUUAAGCUUUUACCUUCUCACAGGGACUUUAGCGUCUCACCACAGUGAAAAUGGAGGAUCUGAGCAGAUGAUCAGCCUUUUUUUCUUACCUUAAAAUCAUUUCAGCAAAAUUAUGGAUUCUGUUGAGUCAUCCGAGUCCACAGUUCCAAUCCUGUUUGCAGCGCUGCAGAGUGUCAGUGCUUUGAAGAGGUCUGGACAGGAGUUUUUCAUCUGCAAUGUGUUGGUUCUGCACAGACAUCACAUGGUUCUACUGGGACAGCAGAUCUUCAGCUUCGCCUGAUCUGAACACCCUUCAGCUCAUUUUGGGUAGCAGAUACAGAAACCGGUCAGCUAGUAACAUCAAGUGAAUACUGCAAACAGCUGCAGGUCCUGAACAUUUUAAAGUGUGGGUCCUUCCAUUUUUAGACAAUAAACAUAAGGUUUUCAGUAAAACAUUACAUGUAUAUGUACUUUUUUCUGUGUGAAAGGGUAUUCCAAUGCUGCAUGUCUCUGAAAUGUCUGUUAUUAUUUCACUGCUCUUCUGUUGACAUAAUCAUGGUAUCAGUGUUUCUCUGUAUUUAAGGUUUGUUUGCUAAUGAAGCAGAAGAACAGGAGUCUGACACACUGGAGAAUGUACAGUUUUGACCUGUUCUUGUACCUUUUCAGAUUUGAUAAUAAAACACUUCCUUUUA